GAGAAGGGCGGUCUCAGUGUCGUAACAGACCCGCGCGGACGGCCGCCGCGCUGCGCCACGCUAGUGCUGCAAUGUUUGUUACUGUGUUUGUGUGUGCGUUGCCCUGGGUCGCCGGGAGUGUUGUGCGGUUAAAUGAGACGACAUUAGACUCCCUGCCUCCAUUGUACGGGCUGGACGACUGGACACAAUGCCGGCGCCGCGGCGACGUCUACUGCAUGGUGGAGGCCGCACUGCUCGCCCCUGCGUCUUCGUAUCUACUGGAUAUAUUGAAGAGCUAUUCCAACCAGACGCUCAAGCACUACAACCGGACACUAAUCCACCGCGGCGUGUGCGUCACGCGGUGCUCCGAUUUCAGCGACACCUCGUGGGAGAGCGCCGCUCAGCUCUGCGUCAACCGCAGUUUGAGUUCUUAUGGGCUACAGGCGCAAGUGCAGUCAGUGGAGUGGUGUACGUCGGUGGGGGAGGAGGUCCCCACCAGUGCUGCGGCGCGGGCGCUGGCGGUGUUCUGCACGGCGCUGGUGGCCCUCGCAUGCCUCGCUACAGCGCUGCACGUGCUCGGAGACCGCUGCGUUAAAGCUGAUGGUAACAAAUAUUUAAUGGCAUUUUCUCUAAAACGCAAUUGGGAUAUAUUAACAUAUGACAGAUCGAAACCAAGAACAGACGAGAGGAUGAAAGAUGUCGCUUGCUUAGAAGGAAUUCGGUUCUUAGGAAUGCAGUGUGUGAUAUUUUCUCAUGUUUUAUUAAUAUUUAUUUAUUCAUACAUCGACAACCCGGAAUACAUAGAACACAUGUACGACCAGUUCGGAUGGCAGGCGAUAUUUAAUUCUCCGCUGUGGUUGCAAGCCUUCUUCUCCAUCUCAGGCUUCCUCACGGCAUAUACAGUCCUGUUAACUUGCGACGCGCAACCAGUCACGCUCGUCAAGUGCUUCCUCUCUGUAGUCAACCGGUGGAUCAGGUUAACUCCCCUGGCCCUAUUUGCGUUAUGGUUCACGAUAGCGUGGUUGCCGCUGCUGGGCGCGGGCCCGCAGUGGGCGUGGCUGGUGGCGCGCGAGGCGCACGAGUGCUCCGACCGGUGGUGGUACCACGCGCUAUACGUGCAUAACCACCUGCCAACCGGCAAGUUCUGCAUGGGACAUACUUGGUAUUUAGCAGCCGAUAUGCAACUCCAUAUAAUAGGCAUUCUCCUGAUUGCGUUCCUGAUGAAGUACCGCAAGGCCACGGUGCCUGUGCUACUGGCGAUGGUACUGGGCUCGGCAGCAGCGUCGGGCCUGCUAGUCUACUGGUACCGGUUGAUGCCCAUCAUCACUGCGCAGACGCCUGAAGUCCUGCGCACGAUGUUUGCCGGUUCCAAGAUCCUGACGCUGAUAUACGUCCCGUGCUGGAUGAACCUGCCGGGCUAUGUGGGAGGCAUCGCCACCGCUUUCCUCCUCCAUCACAACCAGGUUAAUGCAGCCAAGAUCGACCAGAAAAAAUGGUUCAACCUACUGUUCCACGUGUCGCUGAUAGUGGGCGGGUGCGUGGUGCUCGCCGGGACGGUGUUCCUGGACGACUCCCCUCCCCCGCUCUGGGCGUCGGCGGUGUACGCCGCGUUGGACCGCACUCUAGUCGCGGUCUGCUUCAACAUAUUUAUGUUGGGGUGCGUUUGUGGGUGUAAAUCUGUGUUCAGAGGGCUGCUAGAGUGGCGAGGGUUCCACAUCCUGGGCCGGUUGUCGUACUGCGUGUUCCUCAUACACUUCAUAGUGCUGCGCCUGAUUCUAGCCGGCAACACGCAACUCGGACACGCCUCUAUAUUGGCAAUGGUCUCUUUGCUAGUGACGUCAUCAGUGCUCUCGUACCUGGUGUCGGUGCCGCUGUGCCUGCUCGUGGAGCUGCCCGCGCUGCAGCUGUGGCGCGCGCUGACGGGCGAGCCGCCCCGCGCCCGCGCGCGCGCACCGCACCCCGCCGCGCCCCCGCAGCCAGUCGUCAAACCUUUCGACCUUGUAGCCCAUAUCCGAAGACGCCAUGAAUUUUGUUAA